AUGGAAUGGAGCGGCAACCAGACCUUCAUCACUCACUUCGUCCUUCUGGGCCUCUUCAGUCACACUCCGCUCCACCACUUCCUCUUCUCCCUCAUCAUGAUCAUGUUCCUGGUGGCACUGACCGGUAACGGCCUCAUGAUCCUGCUCAUCAACAUUGAUUCUCGGCUCCACAGUCCAAUGUACUUCUUCCUCAGCUGGCUCUCGUGCAUGGACCUCAUGCUCAUCUCUACCGUCGUACCUCGGAUGGCUGUGGACUUCCUUUCGGGCGGGGGCUACAUCAGCUUCACAGGCUGUGGGUUGCAGAUCCUCUUCUUCCUCACCCUCCUUGGGGACGAGUGCUUCCUGCUGGCCUUCAUGGCCUAUGACCGCUAUGUGGCCAUCAGCAAUCCACUCAGGUACUCCUUGGUCAUGAACCAGCGCAUCUGUUGGCUUAUGGUGGCCUUUUCUUGGCUCUUCGGUCUGAUAGAUGGGUUAAUCCAAGCUGUCUUUACUCUCCAUUUUCCCUACUGUGGCUCGAAAGAGAUCGAUCACUUCUUCUGUGAGGUGCCCGCUAUCCUCAAGCUGGCUUGUGCCGACACUUCCCUCUACGAAUCCAUGAUCUACGUCUGCUGUGUCCUCAUGCUGCUCUUGCCUUUCUCUGUCAUCUCUGCCUCCUACUUACGGAUUCUGGUGGCAGUUCUCCAAAUGCGCUCCGCUGAGGGAAGAAAAAAGGCAUUUGCCACGUGCUCCUCCCACAUGACAGUCGUCACCCUUUUCUAUGGGGCAGCCAUGGUCACGUACAUAAGACCCCAGGCAUACCACUCUUCCAAGCAAGAUAAAGUAGUCUCUGCUUUCUACACCAUGAUCACACCCAUGCUCAAUCCUAUGAUCUAUAGCCUGAGAAACAAGGAAGUAACUGGGGCCCUUAAGAAGCUGCUGGGCAGGUGUUCCUAUGGUCAAAGAGAGGAUUCACAAUAA